AUGAGUACCCUCCGCAGAGGCGCGUCGAGGACAGGAAUGCCGCCGCCGACGUCAGUCUUCACUCAAUUUCGCCGAGGCAGCCCUGACGGGCGAUACGCGCAUCCGCGAAGAAUGCAAAAAACGGUUACUGCCACGAGUGCAGAUGACAACUUUGGCUGGACAGAGCAGAGCUUGUUUGAUGUGUUUCUUGUACUCACCAAAGUUCACGUGACAUCGGAGGAGCUUGAGUAUCGAGACAGACAACAUGGAGUUGCUGAUCCACCGCCCUCAACGAUCGUUCCCCAGCCUCGACCGAAGCUCCCGGUGGUUUGGCCUCUUCCAAAAGCAACGGCUCCGCCGCACCCCUCGAAAAUUAAUGUCGACAACACGGGACCACGCAGACCUAUUGAAGAGGACGGACUAGACCCAACUGAUCGUUCGGUCUCGUCAAGCCUUCCGUCAUCAGCUCGUCGAGGCCGAACCGGUGAGCCAGGUGAUGGCUCUAGACGAGGAGGAAGCAAGCAUUCAGACCGCUCCGACCGCUCUUUGAGGAGCGACCAUACUGACGCAAGCAACAAGAACAAAGACGGCAGCAAGGCUGGGCGCUCUCAGAAGGGCAAUGGAGGAACAGACAAACUCGGAGACAACAAGGGCGACCAGUCUCAUAGGAGCGACGUGUCAGACAAGACUGAUAAGUCGGAGCACGUGGCAAAGAAGGACGAAGCAGAUAUGAGAAAAACAGCAGACUCAGCGGACAAGACGAAGGACGCCGAGAAGAAAAACCCAAUAGGAUCUCCAGACGCACAGGGGCGGCCCAAAGUUCCGCGAGCAAAAGAACGCGACGGAGCGGCUGGUCACAAACGUUCAAAGCCACAGAAGUACAAAGUCUCCUGUAAAGUCGGAAGAUCCAAAGCCCAGAAUAUACCAUUAAAGAAUAAUGGCGAUGCCGAGAAGACAUUUUCCGUCUCAGUGUCCGACCCAGCCGCAGCAACGGCCAAGUCUCCAUUGGUGACAGUUCCUCCGGGAGAGGAGGUAAAGGUCCCCGUUAAGGUUCUACCGGCAGAGGCCCCGGGAGGAAAGACAGUCACUGUUACUUUCUCCGACGGGAGCGGAGACACUCGCCAAGCACAGCUGGACAUCACCUAUGUCAUGGCGGAAGCUGAAUAG